GCGCCCCGUGACGGCCGGACCCGCGGUGCACGGAGCGUCCCGGGCCCCGUGCCGUGUUCCCGCAGUGUGUGCGUUCAAUGCGGGUGUGUUGGAGCCGGCAGAGCGGCGGCGGUGCCUCCCCCGUGCGUGCUCUAUAAAAAGUGCAGCGGCAGCGCGGCCCCGUCUCCUGUCUAUCUAUAGCCCUGUCUAUAGCGCAGGGCGGGGGCUGCCCGGAUCAGCCCUACAGCUGCUGGGUUUUUGCCCGGCCCCGCUCAGCUGAGGGAUUCCCGGCUCGUGCUCUCCGGGAUCUCCCUCCCCUGCCCGCCCCCUCCCCAUCCCCGCUCUUCGCCCUAAAGCUGAGCUCCCCCCACGAGCCCCCUCUGCUUUUCCCUGCCCUCCAUCAGGGCUUUCCCCGCACGCUGUGGGUUCUGGUGGGUGGGUUUGGGGCGGAUGCUCGGCCUCACCGCAGCCUGACCCCCGCCCUGGGGCUGCCGUAGCGGGUCCGUGUCCCUUUAACGAGGCAGGGCUUGGAGCUGGUGCCGCUGGCACGGGGAUGGAGAGGCGGUGAGGAGCCGGUGCCAGAACGGCAGCCUGCAGCGGGUGGGGCGGCGGCAUCGGUGAGCGCAGACCCCAAGCGCAGCAGAGGGAAUCGCUCCGGGCGGAGCUUGGUGCGGCUCGUGUGGGCGCUGAGCCCCCAGUCCUUGUAUCAUCGUCCUCCAGACCCCCUCCCAGCACCUCAUCUUGCAGCCGUGCCAAGGGACCAAGGGACUAUGCCAGGUCUGUACGUGCUCUCCUCUUGGGAGGCUCUGCCUCUGAAGAGCUCCAGGGUGAAGGCGUGCACCAAUGGGUACGUGCUGAGCAUCACUGCCCAGCUCCUGUACACCAACCCACGUGAAGAUCCUGUGGAAGGUGUCUUCAUUUACCCGCUGGAGGACUCAGAGCUGGUUGCUGGCUUUGAGGCAGUGGUGGGCAGCCGGCGGAUCACCUUCCAGGUGCAGAGCAGGCACCGGGCUCAGGAGUGCUGCCUGGAGUGUGGCAGCAGCCCAGGGCAGCCGCGCCGCUGUGCCAGCGGUCACCUUGUCCUGGAUGAGGACACUGAGCGUUCCACCUUCGUCAUCAUCACGGGCUCAAUGGGGCCGGCGGAGAGCCUGGCCGUGACCCUGAGCACAGCACGGGAGCUGCCCACGCUGCCUGGGGGGGCCCUGCACCUCGUCCUACCCUCCGUCCUUGUGCCACGCGUUGCUGCCGCCCCCGAGCGUGAGAGCGAGCCGGGAAGCUUGUGUGACGACAGGUUGGCCCUAUGCCCCACCAGCUGUUUCGGGGGACCCGGUGCACGGAGCCAGCCCGUACCCGCAGCACCUGCGGAGAGCUCAGAUGUCUUCAGGGGACAGCCCUACAACCCCUUUCCUUACGAGUUUGCUUUUGAGCUGCUGGUGAAGGGCCCCUGCCUGCUGGCAGGCCUGGAGAGCCCGACCCACGCGCUGCGUGCCGAUGCCGACCCCUGGGCCAGCUCUGCCACCACCACCUGCGUCACCCUGGCUGAGCGUCACCGCUAUGACAGAGAUGUGGAGAUCAUCCUCUACCCCUGUGAGCCCCACCAGCCCCACCUGGUGAUGGAGGAAGGCACCAUGACGUACCCAGAAUAUGAGGCACACAUCCGGAGACGCCGGGACUACAUGCGGAUAGCCAGGAGGGAUGGCAGUGGGGAGAGACAGGUGGCUUUUGUGCAGAAGCGUUUCCACAAGGACAUCUUCCACAACCCCGUGCUGAUGCUCAACUUCUGCCCGGAGGUGGAGGCCACCCCAGGGGACCUGCAGAGUGUCACCCGUGAGGUCCUCUUCCUUGUAGAUCGCAGCGGAGCCGUGAGCAGCCCUGACGUCGACAGGGUCAAGGAAGCGCUGCUGGUGGCCUUGAAGAGCCUCCCCCCAGGAACUCUGCUCAACAUGGCAACUUUUGGUGCCGAACUGCAGCCGCUCUUCCCCUCCAGCCGCCUCUGCAGCAAUGAGACGCUGCAGCGGGCGUGCUGCCACCUGGGUGAGCUGCGGGCGGCCAUGGGCAGCCCUGACCUCCUGGCGGCGCUGAGUUGGGCACUGGCACAGCCCCUGCACCACGGGUACCCCCGGCAGCUCUUCCUGUUCACCGCGGCGGCAGCAGUGGGUGAUGUGGGCCGCAUCCUGCAGCUGGUGCGCAGGCAGGCCAGCACUGUCAGGUGCUUUAGCUUUGGGAUGGGACCACGGGUGUGCCGGCGGCUGCUAACAGCCAUAGCCAAGCUGAGCCAUGGCCGUGCUGAGUUCCUGGAUCUGGCUGAGAGGCUGCAGCCCAAGCUCAUCAAGGCCCUGAAGAAGGCGAUGGAGCCGGCCGUCAGCGACAUCACCAUCGACUGGUACGUGCCUGACAGCACUGAGGCUCUGCUCUCCCCCACUGAGAUUGCAGCACUCUACCCCGGGGACCGGCUCAUCAGCCACUGCACCUUGUACAGCAUCGCCCGGUUUCGGGACCAGCGCCCUGUGGGCCGGGAUGGAGCUCGCCGGGGCUCGGCCGUCCCCUCACAGGAGGAGGUGCCCACCCCAGCGGGCACACGGCUGUCCCGAAGCUCCAGAGACACCUCCGUGGAGAUCUCUGCCAUUGGCACAGAGGAGUCGGAGCGCAGUGCUGACCUCACUUCAGGGGGAGAUAUCUGGAAGCGUAUUUACCAGCCCUCCUACAUCCAGGAGCAGUAUGUCCUGACACACUGCUCAGUCAGCACGGAGCGCAGCCAGGGGCUGCUGUCCCGCAGCUCCACCAGCAGCGAGUCCACCGGCUCCCGUGACGUGGCCCCGGACAGUGGCUCUGCAGCCCCUGACACCACCUCCCAGCAGGGCCAGAAGAGCUUGUCCUUCUGUGAGUCCUCCACCAAAUCUGCCCCACUGCCCUCGGCCCCUGCUGCCAUCAAGGUGCCGGUGUCUCUGAGCAGUGAGGAGCUGGCACGGCGGCAGAAGGUGCUGGCACGAGCUGCCCUGGCUGGCCGCAGCUUCUCGUCGCCGCACGGGGAGCUGGACGCACGCCGGCUCUGCCGAGCCUUGGAGAAGGUGUCCCAGAAGAGGAACCAGUCUGUGGAGGGGCAGCUGGACCAGCUGGGCCCCAGGACACCGCGGCUGCAGCACAGCACUGGGGAGUCAAAUAACCUCCUGUCACCAACACACCUGGACUGGGACAUGCUGGUGGAGCCCUCUUACCUCUUCAGCGCGGUGGUGCCCGAGGCGAAGGAGCCCAGCCAGGGCGAUCCCUGCCUGCCCCUGCGCUGCCACGUGGUGAUCCACGGACUGCACGCUGGCCAGCCCGUGUCCUGGGAGGUGACGGCCUCGCUGGAGGCCCUGCUGCAGCCACGGGAUGGGGCGGGCAGAGAGGACCCCCCGCGGCGGGCAGCCACAGCAGGGGAGAAACCAUUGCAUGGCUUGGCAGCACGCUCCGUCAUCCAGGACAGCGAAAAGGCGGCACAGCGUGAAGCUGAGCUGGAGCAGGGUUUUGCCCGCCGCUUCCGCCUGAAAGCCAUGCAAACCAGCAAAGCCUGCAACGUGCCUUCCCUCUACACGUGCGUGGUGCCUGUGGAUGGGGCCACGCAGGUGGUGCUGCCUGCAGCCCCGCAGGUGUGGAGCACAGCCACACGCAGCACAGGCACGGCAGGGAGCCGAUGUCGCCGGCAACGGGAUACGGAGGAGCAGGAGGCUCUCAUUGGUGCAGGGAGGGAUGAGGUUCCUGGGUCUCCAGUCAGUGCCUCCUCUGCCACCUCUGGCUGGGAAAAGCAGAACGGCUCUCACGGGCUUCCAACCAGCCCUUCCAGCUCCUCCGUGGCCUCCCGGAAAUCCACAGAGAGCAUUGCUGGCUCCAGGUUCAGCCUGACCCGGCGCAGGGGGCCCAGCCUGAUGCUGCGACCACAGUGCCUCAGCCCCGAGAGCGAGUGCUCCAGCACGGCCGCCAGCCACGACUACCUCCCGCUGGUGCAGUUACAGCAAGCACGGGGGCCAUUCCAGCUCACUGAGACCUUCUCUGAAGUGGUGCAGAUCCCCUUAGACCGCCUGCGUCGUGCCUCACCCUAUGCCUCCCACCGUGCCAGCCUCAGCCCCACAUCCCCCGUGGCCAAGAGCAGCCCCAGGGCAGGGCUGUGCACUGAGGGCGAGGAGCCGGUUGCAGCCCCAGAGCCUGGCUCACCCCAGUCCCACAGCACUUGCUCUGAGGUGCCCAGUGUGGCCGUGUGGGCACAGGCAGACAGCGGGCACGGCUCCGAGUCUGACACUGCCCCCCACUCAGCUGCCCCAUCGGAAGCAGGCUGGCAGGAUGUGGGGCUGGAGGACCUGGAAAGUGCCAGCUGGGCUACGGCGGUGGCCCUGGCGUGGCUGGAGCACCGCUGUGCUGCCUUCUUUGAUGAAUGGGAGCUGGUGGCAGCCAAGGCAGACGCGUGGCUGCAGGCACAGCAGCUGCCUGAGGGCCUGGACGUGAGCUGUCUCAAAGGGGCAGCCCGGCACUUGUUCCUGUUGCUGCGGCACUGGGACGAGAACAUCACAUUGAACAUGCUGUGCUACAACCCCAACAACGUGUGA